CAUCAGUUUCAACAACAGUUACGUUAAAGCUUUGCGACAAAGUUCUGUAGACACAUUGCAGUGUGGCGAAAAAUGACCACAGCAUUAAUAAAGUCUCUUAGUAUAUUAACGAAACCUAUUCGAGAGGCUCAGUUGAGCGAUGGGCAAAGCCCACAAACAGCACUUGUGUCGGCUCUCCAGAGGAACCUGUCAGAGCUUCGGGAGCGCAUGUCUGGAGACGAAGAGAUGGAGGAAGCCCGACAUCUUCUGGAGGAGGUCAGGAGAGACAUCACAUGGUUUUGCAGUGAUACUAACGACCUAACCUGGAGCUUUGUCCAGGAAUGUCUUCUCUUACUUCUCUGCCUGGCGCGUCACUUCAACCGCCUCCUAGAAGCCUUUAACCAGAUUCCUGCUGCACCAAAUCCUGCGACCCCCGAAGCAGCUCCACCACUUCCCCCAGAUGUUCUGAGUGUGGCCCAACAGAAGACACUGGGCACUGUGCUGCAGUUUGUGGUCACACUGGGUCUCUGCCCAUAUUUAGCUCCUGGUGUAGGGGUGGCACUGGGGCUGAGGUCAGUCUUUGGGGCAGCAGUGGAGGGGGCAGUCCGACACGAUGUGGCCCCUGUAGGGGAACGCCGUCUACUUAUCACCACUAAUGUGCUCCUGGAGGUGUCUGCACUGUCAUCACUAGCAACUCCUGUGUUUACACGCCACCUGGGGGACAUCAUGGCAGCUCUGUGUCAGUUAGCUUAUCGACCCCAGAGGCCUGAAGGAGAUGGUACAAAGGGCAAGGGACUGACGGUAGAAGAGCGCAAGACCUGCAAAGAAGCACUCCACAGUCUUCUUGGGAAAGUGUAUCAGCCAAUCGUCAUCAAAGAGCUGCUUGUUCUGCAGGGGGGUCCGAAACAGGCAUCUUCAGGUUCCAGAGGCGGAUGUGCUGGAGGGGGAGGUAAGGCUCUAGCCCAAGCUCCCCCAUGGCUGAGGCGCCUGUGUGGACAGUUACUGUCUGACAGGUUAAUCCAACCACAAGGAGUCCAGGCAGUGGUGAGGGCCAUCUUAGAGGGCACCGGAGCAGGUGGCGACUCUGACUGGAGGAAAUGUGAUGCUGUGGCAAAGAUUCUUGCUGCCUGUCCUCAGCAGUCCCUUUCUGCUGAGAGCUAUUACAGUCAAGUGUGUCCACAGGUUCUGGAGCUUCUGCAUUUCAAAGACAAGCUGACUGCACAGCAGUUCCAGAGAGUGGCCACCAGGGCGGCGCUCAUCAUGGUGCAAGAUCGGCCUGAGUUUGCACGGCAGUUCCUGCUCUUUCCUCUUCUCUCCCCACUUCGCCGCUGUGCACAGGGAACUGGAGAUGAUCUAUCCCAGGAUGCAGUGGAGGAGUGGGAGCUGACCCGCUGUAUUGAGGAUGUAUAUAAAAUUUGUGUGGUGGGUAAUAAUCCAUCAGAAGUGCUGCUGAAAGCUCUAGCAGAUGUCAUCUCAGCACUGUUCAAUCUCUUUUGCUUCACCAAACAGAAUGUCUCUCAUUUACGUACAUCCUGUCAGGAGAUCCUGAUAUGGUGCCUGUCUCACUCAGAGCGCUCAGUAGCUCUUUUGCUGCUGAAACGCUUGUGUGGACUGCUGGGAGAAGUGAGUGGAGUCAGACACGGCUUUCAGUUCUCACCUGGCAGUGAAGGAGGGGCCAGACUUACUGUGAGGGAGCUUAUCAGUGAUGAAGAUGAUGCUCUGUAUGAGAAGGUCUCAGGUGAGCAGUGGAGAGUCCAGUGUCUGGUGGAGUUAUUAGGAGAGAUGAAGGACAGUGACCUGCCUGGAGAGUAUUUCCUACUGCUGCUGCAGGAUUUAACAGCUGUGGCUGCUGAGCAGGACGAGGUUGAGCAGGAAGUGGACACCUCAUCUAUGACCCUGCUGGAGUUAGAGCAGCACCUGCUGGGGUGUGCAGGUGGACACGGACAGAGACUUGCUCUGCUGCAGGCACUGGCCAUCAUGUGUGAGGGUCUUCCACACACUCUGUUGCUCUCCAAGCCCACUCAGGUGGUUGGGUUCAUAGCGUCCAUGCUGCAGAGAGCAUGUGUUAGUCUGGAGCGUGGCACUGACAGCCCAGUGGAGAGUCAGACUCUCAGUAUGGGAAUGGGGCUUGUGGCCACUCUACUCUCUGGAGCUGCUGAGCUCACUGCAGAUGAUUAUUCAUCGAUGGCUGCACUGCUGCCCCACCUGGAACAGAUUUCCCAGCAGCACCAAGAGCCAGUCAUCCAGGAGCUGGCGUCCGAUCUGAGGGCCACUAUUGCCACACAUGGGGCAUAUUGCCCUACAACUGUCCCCAGAACAGCCACCCAGCACAGUACUGCCCACAGUCCUGCUCAACCUGCAGGCCACAGUUCAAACUCCCUCCCAGCCAGAGCCCAGGUCCCCUCACAAUCAGUCACACAUCCCAAACGUACAACAGAUCCUAGUGUAACACCCAAAGUUAAAGACUUUCAGACAGCUGGAAGAAUACCCAAUCCUGGGAUUUCUGAGGCCUCAUCCAGUAAAGCUUUCUCUGAGUGCCUGCUGGAAGCCUGUGACCCAGAUGUGCCCACACGAGCCGUAGCACUGCGUUCACUGACCCGCUCUGUUAGAGAUGGAGACAAGGAGGCAUUGCAGAACAAGGAGAAACUACUAACACUCUUUCUGGAAAACCUGGAACAUGAAGACUCCUUUGUGUAUCUGUCUGCCAUUCAAGGGUUGGCUGUGUUGGCUGACUCUUUUCCUGAGCAGAUUCUGCAGAGACUGCUGGGAGAGUAUCAGACCGGGGCAACUGUCUGUCCCCCCAAAAGAGAGCGCUCCCUAGAGACACGCCUCAAAGUGGGCGAGGUUUUAAUGAGAGCCUGCAGGGCCAUGGGUGACCUUGCUCCACACUAUGGUCGCCCUCUGAUUGGUGUGUUCCUGAGCGGUACACGAGAUGAGGACAGUAGUGUGCGUGCCAGCAGCCUCUCUAAUUUGGGUGAACUCUGCCAACGUCUCAACUUUUCCCUCGGACCACUGGCACAAGAGCUGAGCACGUGUCUCACCGCCCUGAUAAAGACGGACAGAGAAGCAGAGGUUCGAAGGGCUGCGGUCCAUGUCAUUGCCCUCGUUCUUAGGGGCCUCAGUGAUAAAACAACUCAGGUUCUUGGGGAUGUUUUGUUGGAGCUGUAUCGGGCUUUGAAGUGGGUGGUGCGGUCGGACCCAGAUGACGUGGCUGUACUCCAUGCUCAGCUCGCUCUGGAGGAGCUGGAUGAUGUUAUGAGGAGGUUCAUCUUCCCUCAGCAAAAACUUGAGAAAAAGAUUGUGGUACUUCCUUGAAAAGCGCUCCAGGAGUUACAUAACAUUUUUGUAGACAGAGGAUUACCAUCUGUAAUUUAUAAAAAAAAAAAUUCUGACCCAUAUUUUCAUUCUCAAACCAACAAAAACCUGUCUUUCCAUUGAUAAACUAGCAUUGUACCUUUUGUUAUCUGGUACACUGAGGUUAGAGGGCACCAGAAGCACAAUAUAUAUUUGUGUAAAGAGCCCUGCAAUAGCUGGUUUCCACUCUGUUCUGCACUGGUGAUAAAAUGCCUGUUUGCUUUUUAUCGAAUGUUUGUGGUACAUAUAAAGACGGCUAGGUCAUGACAUCAUUGUAAGAUACGACAGGGCAAUUAGUCAUUCUCUUAAAAUUCCUCCCACUGCACAAUACUAAAACUUCCCAUUCAUGUUAACCGUCUCUAUGGCAUCCUGACCUCUCGGGUCUGCCCUGAAGCAGAGCUGGUUAAAUACCAUAUAAAUACAAAUGUUAGCAUUCAUGCUAACUCAUAAAAUGGUAGUGUCUCUAAAAUAAAAUAAAGAGAGCUUAUUUUUCCAAA